AAUCAGGAAGAGCCACGACCGUAGAAAUGCGGGCGGGGCGGCCGUGCCGGCGCAGCGCCGCUCGAUCUGUGCCGGCGGAGCGGUGAUGGCGGCGUUGCGCGGAGCCCCGCAGCUGCUCCUUUUCCCCGGCGACGCGGCCGAGUCCGCCGCCGGCCGCCGCCUAUCCGUCGUGCUGCCCGCGGGGGCGGCUCCCGGCUCCAUGGAGGCUCCGCCGCCGGCCCGCAAGCGGCAGCGCCUCACCCAUCUGAGCCCCGAGGAGAAGGCGCUGCGCAGGAAACUGAAGAACCGCGUGGCGGCUCAGAGCGCCCGGGACAGGAAGAAGGCGCGGAUGACGGAGCUGGAGCAGCAGGUGGUGGAGCUGGAGGAGGAGAACCAACGGCUGCUGAGGGAGAACCAACGGCUGCGGGAGCAGACGGGCAGCCUCUCCUUGGAGAACCAGGAGCUCCGCUGCCGCCUGGGCUUGGACGCUUUGAAGACAGAGCCGGAGUUCGAGCCGACGGUUGUGAAGGAAUCCCAGGUGGAUGACAUCGGGUUGGUGACCGGGUCCGCUGAGCGCAGCACUCAGACUACGUGUUCCUCUGCAGCAGGUGCAGGCCCAGCUGUCACCACUUCUGACAACCUCCACAUGGAUUCUGAUGGCAGUGACUCUUCAGAUUCUGAGUCUGAUCUCCUGUUCGGAUUACUGGACAUUCUGGACCCAGAAAUGUUUCUCAAAUGUGCUGAUUCAGAAUCAUCCAGCCUGGAAAAGCUGGAGGAAGAGAUGUGUGGAGAAACAAAUUCCAUACCAACCUCCCCCUCUCCCUCUCUGGGGUCCCCAUCAGCUAAGCUGGAGGCCAUUAAUGAACUCAUAAGGUUUGAUCAUGUGUACACAAAACCCUUAAUACUGGAGUUCCCGGUUAAAAUGGGCAAUGAAACCAAUAUGCUUGUGAAAAUUGAGGAGGUGUCUCUCUCUCCGUCUGAAGACAAAGCUAUUGCUGAGGUCCCAGUAUCUGUGAAAGAGGAACCUGUAGACAGCUUAAUGCCUGAGCUGGGUAUCUCUCAUCUGCUUCCCUCUCAUCAUAGCUUUGCAGCCUCAAGCUAUCUGCUGGAUGCUGGUAGUGACUCUGGAUAUGAAGGAUCCCUGUCACCUUUCAGUGACAUGCCCUCUCCUCUUGACACUGACCACACUUGGGAGGAUAGCUUUGCCAAUGAACUCUUUCCUCAACUGAUCAGUGUCUAACUCGGUAGUGUUAAUUGUCCCUGGUUAUCUUCUGGCAGGGUAACAGGAUAUGCCCUUCUGGGGGGUGGAGAGGGGUAGAAUUGAUUGUAUUCAGAAAAGCGUUGCUUGUUUCUUCCUAUGAAUGCUGGUAGAUGUAGUGAUGGCCAUUCAUUUCUACUGGUAAGGAAAAAAAAAUAGUGUUUUUGUCUCCUGCUGCUCCUAUUCAGUGUUCUCUUAGGAGAAAAACUUAAUUUCUCAGUAACUUGGCAACUUGGAAUGAACCUGAAAAUCAAAGUACUCUUAACACCAGAAGCGUUACUGGGACAUCCAUGUUUAGACAGCUGGGUUAAAACUAAAUGGUCUGUACAUUUUACAGAUUUACUGUGUAAAUGCUUGUUUUCUGUUGGCUAUGUAGAAUUGCUUUCUCCAUUUUAUUUAACUGUAUUGGUGCAAUUAAAGUGCAGUGCAGCUCAUUUCUUGCCUUGUAUGUCAGUAGAGGGGGGGGAGGGACUUUCUAGGCCUCUGGAAGCUUUGAACUCUGUAGGUGUUUCUGGAGAGUGGGGUCUUUCUGCACUUUUGUACCUGAAGCUAGCAUAGGUGCCUGUACCUGCUCCUCUGAUCUUUGGAGGGCUGGACCUGUGCUGACCAGUGCAGUUGCAGCACUGUGAGUGAAUAUGCAUGGGAUGAACUACAAAGGUCAUGUAAAAUGAAGUAAAUGGGAUAAUGCUCAGUACUUGCUGUUGAAAACAGCUUUAACUCUCUUACUGCACAGCUCCCCAGGUGUGAUUAAUCAAAGUAGCAGCAACACUGCCACCCAGUGACAUGGAUAUAGAUUACCUGUUUUCAGGAGCUUAUUAUUUCCACUUACUUCAGAGAUCAAAACACAUCAAAUGUUAGGUCUUUAACAACCUGGUGUCCAUUGAUCACAUUUGGAAAUGGCCAGUUUAAAUUUACACCCGAAACUUGUUAAAACAGGGCAGACAAAAGUGGAGUUCUACUUAUGCCAUCUUGUUCCCUCUUUUCAUCUUCACAGCUGGAGAUGCUUCAAGGCAUGGCUUAUCAAGGCUUACUGUCAGUGUGGGUUCUGCUACAGGCUGGUGGUAUUUACUGGGCUCGCUCCCCAGAAAGCACACAUCUCAUGUUAGGUAUGUUGAAGCUUCAUAGAACUCAGGAUUUUUGCUAGCACCAACAUCUCCCAGACUUGAGCCUAGUGACUUGUACCUGGUUACCAUACUGUUUUUAUGUAGUUCAUACGAUUAAGGAAUUGCACCAUCUAAAAAUACUUCAGAAAAUUUAUUGAAAAACUCACAUACAAAUGGUGAUUUGGCCCCGAGAGAAGACAGACCAGAAUCAGAUCUUCCAUAUUUCAAAAUAAAACUUUUUCCUAAUACUGCAUCAUGUUUCUAUUCUUCCUUGCAAACAGAGUUAAUAGUCUCUUAAGGAAGGCAACAACAAAUCAAACUCUUACAAAUACAGAAGUGUGAAAAUCCCUGGUAGUUUGUCCUCCCUGGUUACAAUCCCUGGUAGUUUGUCCUCCCUGGUUACUAGAGCAAUGAUUUUGUUCACUCCUUCUGGAUAACUGGUUCCUACUUCUACCCAUGCUUUUCUUCCCCCACCAAUUGAAGCACUUCAGCCCUCUUCUCUCGUAGUAACAGCAUAAAUAAGUUAGACAAAUUUUAAAAUAAAUCUAAACCAAAGCAAAUGUACUUUGCAGUUCUUUCCCAUCUCGUGGUCUUUGUCAAUAGUCUGCCAGUAGAUUCUUCUUUCGGGUGGCAGAAUAACAGAGGUCAGUAUUUGUUAAUUUAAUGGACAAUUUGUCAUUCAGUAUUUUGAGUAGGGAGGAAACUGUCUACAUUUAACAUCUUGGCUUCUCAGUUUUCUGUACCCUAUGCCAAAAUUUAAGUGUUGCAGAGAUGGUUUCAUCACGUUUUUGGAAUUGUUAUCCUUCCUUUUCCAUUUAUUUAGCAUCAGAGCUAUCAGCAAAGUCAGUCCCAACCUUAAGCUUUCACUACAAUCCUGCAACCUUAAAAAUAGAUAUUUAGAGGCACCACGUUUUCUACCCGCAAU